AUGGCGAGGCUAUUCACCAUCAUCUCCUCCUUCGCCGUCCUCCUCCUCCUCCUCAGUGAUGUGGGGAUGGCGGUGGAGGUCGCCCCCAAAUCGCUCGGUAAUCUGGGGUUACUACCGCCCCCCAAACCGGCGGUCGCCGACGCCAACGUCAAAAGGUUUUGCGCCGACACGCCCUACCCGGAGGUCUGCGCCGACAUGAUCGCGCGCUACGACGAGAGCAAAGGCGCCGACGACAAGAAGCUGGCGGGGAUGGCGGCACUCACCACCGCCACCCUCCUUCUUCAAGCAUCCGGGGACGCGAGCCCGGGCGUUCAGAAGCAGCGCUACCCAGACCUGACCAAGGCCGACGAGGAAUGCUUUGAAACCUGCUACAAGGAGCUGACCAAUGGCGGCCAAAAACUCGACAAUUUGUGCACCAGCAAAGAGGGCUCGGACGACAUCGGCAUGGCCCAGCUCCCCGAAAUCCGCAGCUUCAUCAAGGAGAACAACGGGGCGCAUGCCCAGUGGAAUUGCGAUAGGUGUCGCCCUGCGAAUGACAAGAAGACACCCGACGAUGUCUCCAAGAAGAACGAUGCCGAGAAGGCCAUGGCUGUCCUCGAGGUGCUCGUCAACAAAGUGACCAAAUAA